CGGGGGUAAUAGACACUUGCGCAGAGAGGAAUAAAAAGCGGAGAGAGAGAGAGAGAAGGAAAGUGAGAGAGAAAUUUCGAAGCUCCGAUUCAGUCUCUCGCCGAAUUCCGGCUCCGAAUUCGAGUCGCUACCAUGGGGGCUCCGGAGAAAUCACAGACCAACUCCAAUUCGAUGCAGCGUGUUAAGGUCUACCGUCUGAAUGAAGAUGGGAAGUGGGAUGAUCAGGGAACUGGGCAUGUCACUAUAGACUAUAUGGAGAGGUCUGAAGAACUGGGUUUGUUUGUUAUUGAUGAAGACGAUAAUGAGACAUUACUUGUCCAUCGUAUCAGCUCAGAUGAUAUUUACAGAAAGCAAGAAGAUACAAUUAUCUCAUGGAGGGAUCCUGAGUAUUCUACAGAAUUAGCACUCAGCUUCCAGGAAUCUACAGGCUGCUCUUACAUAUGGGACAACAUAUGCAGUGUGCAGAGGAAUCUACAUUUUAAUUCUCUCAAUAAUGAGACAUUUCACAAUGCAAACAGUGAGUUAAGGGAGCUGCCUGCAAUUGAGCUAUCUACACUCCCUAUUAUCCUUAAGACUGUGGCUGAGAGUGGCAUUGCUGACCAGAUGCGACUGACAGAACUGAUAUUAAGUGAUCAAGAUUUUUUCCGUAAGCUUAUGGGCUUAUUUAGAAUCUGUGAAGACUUGGAAAAUGUUGAUGGUCUUCACAUGCUAUACAAAAUAGUAAGAGGGAUCAUUCUGCUGAAUAGUCCUCAAAUCUUUGAGAAAAUAUUUAGUGAUGAUUUAAUCAUGGACAUAAUCGGUGCCCUUGAGUAUGAUCCUGAAGUACCUCAAGUUCAACAUUACCGUAACUUUCUAAAAGAGCAUGUUGUUUUCAAAGAGGCCAUACCGAUUAAGGAUUCUUUGGUUCUGUCAAAGAUACACCAGACGUACAAAGUUGGUUAUUUAAAGGAUGUUGUCUUGGCCAGAGUGUUGGAUGAGGGCACAGUUGCAAAUCUCAAUUCAAUAAUUCAUGGAAAUAAUGCUAUUGUUGUUUCUCUGCUAAAGGACGACAGUACGUUUAUUCAGGAAUUGUUUGCUAGGUUAAGGUCACCAUCGACCUCCGCAGAAUCUAAAAAGAAUUUGGUAUAUUUCUUGCAUGAGUUUUGUAGUCUGAGCAAGAGUCUGCAGAUGGUUCAGCAGCUUCGGCUAUUUAGGGAUCUUAUGAAUGAAGGAAUCUUUGACAUUGUGAGUGAUGCUUUGCAGAGUCAAGACAAAAAGCUUGUAUUAACUGGGACAGAUAUUCUCAAUCUUUUCAUGAACCAGGAUCCAAACCUUCUUCGUACCUAUGUUGUUCGCCAGGAAGGAAUUCCACUUUUAGGUCUCUUGGUUAAAGGAAUGAUUACAGAUUUUGGAGACAGCAUGCACUGCCAGUUUCUUGAAAUUCUUCGCAGUCUACUAGAUUCGUACACAUUGUCAGGAGCACAGAGGGAUACAAUUAUCGAGAUUUUUUAUGAGAAGCAUCUUGGUCAGUUGAUUGACGUUAUAACAGCAUCGUGUCCUUCUGAAGGGAAUGCUCAGUUGUCUUCAUGCUCUGGCGAAAGAAUUGAAACUCAGACUGUCGCGAAGCCUGAAGUACUGUCAAACAUAUGCGAAUUGCUUUGCUUUUGUGUUCUACACCAUCCAUACAGAAUAAAGUGUAACUUUCUUUUAAAUAAUGUUAUAGAUAAAGUUUUGCUGCUUACUCAAAGAAGGGAAAAAUAUCUAGUUGUUGCUGCAGUUCGAUUUGUUCGCACCAUACUUUCCCGUCAUGAUGAACAUCUGAUAAGUCAUAUUGUGAGGAACAACCUUCUCAAGCCAAUUGUCGAUGCUUUUGUUGGUAAUGGCAAUCGAUAUAACCUGCUCAACUCAGCUGUUUUGGAACUUUUUGAGUACAUCCGGAAGGAAAAUCUGAGAUCUUUGGUUAAAUACUUGAUUGAUUCAUUCUGGACUCAGUUGGUCAAAUUUGAGUUUUUGGCGUCCGUUCACGCUCUCAAAGUUAAACAUGAGCAGUUCCUAGAAAGUUUUGGAACGAAAGGAAUCGUUAAUGUGGCAGAGAAUAGAAAACGAGGUGACGAGCGUGCUUUGGAGAAAGAAGAAGAAGACUAUUUUAAUGAGGACAGUGACGAAGAAGACACAGCUUCUGCAUCCAUGUCAAAUGCCCAGAAAGUACAGACACAACCUCAAGCUGUUUUAUCCAAUGGAGUUGCUGCAAGCCAACCACCAUCCAGGGUUGGGCUGGUAGACUAUGAUGACGAUGAGGACGAUGAAGACUAUAAGCCCCCGCCCAAGAAGCAGCCUGAUGCUUCCGAGGAAGAAGAAGGUACAAUGGAGUCCCUUAGAUUGAAGAGGAAAUUGGCUUCAAAGGAUAGGGAGCCUGAGCUAACAAAGAGGCAACGGUUGGGUAAAAACUCGAAGCCAAAAGAAAGUGUUUUUGCUGCUUUUUGUACGACUGUAAGCCAGUCAGUGCUACCAAAUAAGAAAGCUGCAAUCAGCAUGCAUUGUAGUCAAACAGCUGAUGGGGUUAAGAACUCGGAUGAGAAACAUCAAGAGAAUGAUAGUGCUGCUUCUAGGAGCUGUUCCGAUAACAACAGUUCAGAUGAGGAGGAUCGUAAGGAGAAUGAGCCCACUAGUUCUAGAGGCUCCACUGAUUGCUUGCAAGGAACUUUGGAGAAUAGACAGUUGGGCGCAGAGGACUGCCCGUUGAUACCACCGAAAUCCUCACCGGAAAUGGCUGUAAAUGGGUCGUAACUAAAAUAGCCGUCGGGGUUAUUAGUUUGUGCUCUUUAUUCAACUUGGGAUAUGCUUGGUUUCUCGAAAGUGGUCCAGGCAAACUUAUUUUGGAAGAUAAUGAGUGAACUGACAGAAGAGGAUGAAUUUGGUCUAUGGCUUCCAUCAUGAUGGUAGGAGCAAAUACUGUAUAGUGCCAUCGCAAGGGGCUGAAAGAUGAAAAGAAAAUCAUACUCACAAUGUGGGCGGUAUCUACUCUUCACUCGGCCUUUUGGGGCUUGAAGUAUUUGCUUAUGUAAAACAUAUCAUCAGCAUUGACUUUCUAUAUCCAAUUUUCUCUUUGCUUUUCUUCACAAGUUGCUCUCUUGAUUUUGCUCAUUUUUCGGCUUUGUGAUAGUAAGGGCACAAUUAGGUGCACCAUGUGGUGCUUUGCCCCUUUGAUAAGUUCUUUUUGUGGUUUUGAGGUUAUGGUUACUAUAGAGAUAGGAGGGGGUUAGCGAGUGGGUUAGGGGCCAAUUUUCUGAAAUGUAGGAGUGGAACUUCAUUUUGUAGACGAGUGUACAUUAGUUGUUGACCAUAUAGUUAUGGGAAAAAGCCUUUUGGAAAGGAUGUAUCCCUUAAUUGUAUUUAAGCCUAAAUCAGGUGCAGUUGUAUUGAUUUCUUCCACUUGGGUACGCUGUUUGGAAUUCAAAUUUUUCUGUCGCCGUGGUUUAUGAAUGAGCAUAACGGGUACAGAA